AUGUCCGACGAAAAACCAGGCAGCGUAGAUCGCAUCGAGGAUGUCGCGGGCCAGGAAACGCCUCCCAGCGAUUACGAUGAGGAGUUCACGCCGGAGGAGCAGAGGAAGAUUAUUCGGCGGAUUGAUAUGCGACUGGUUACGAUGACGGGUUUGGCGUAUUGUAUCUCGUUGAUGGAUCGGACGAAUUUGAGUGCUGCUGCUAUUGCAGGGUAUGUUCUGCUUUACUUUCUGUUUUAUAUUCUCCGAGAUUCCAUCGUCGUCCUCAUGUUCUUCGUCCCCUACAUCAUCUUCCAACCACCAAUGACCAUUUUAAUCCGCAAAAUCGGACCGACCAUCUUCCUGAGCACGAUCAUCAUGACUUGGGCGGUGAUUAUGAUUGGAACCGGCUUUGUCAAGAAUUGGGGUCAAUUGGUCGGAUUGCGUGUUCUGCUCGGUGUCUUGGAGGCAGGAUACUUCCCUGGUUGUGUCUAUCUGUUGUCUUGCUGGUAUACGCGAUAUGACGUUCAAAAACGGUUCUCUAUUUUCUAUUUGAUUGGUUGUGUUGCUUCGGCUUUGUCUGGUAUUCUUGCUUUUGGCUUGAUGCAGUUGAAUGGCCAGCAUGGGUUGAGUGGUUGGCGGUGGAUUUUUAUCCUCGAGGGUGUGAUUACCGGGGCUAUCGGAUUGCUUUGCUAUGUCUUCUUGGUCGACUUCCCCGACCGGGCAGCCAAGUCCUGGAAGUUCCUCAACCAAAGGGAGUGUGACUUUAUCGUGCGACGCAUCAACAAUGACCGCAAGGAUGGAAACUUGGAGGCUUUCUCGCUGGUCAAGUUCCUGCGGCCGGCUGCUGACCUGAAGAUUUGGGGCUUCGCUAUGAUCUUCUUCUGUCUGACCACCGUCACCUACGCAAUUGCCUACUUCCUCCCCAUCAUCCUCAUGGAAGGUAUGGGCUUCGGAGUCGGCGCAGCCCAAUGCCUCGUCGCUCCACCCUACGUCUUCGCCGGCAUCAUCAUGUACGCGACCGCCUGGUUUGGUGACAAGUACCACGUCCGCGCACCCAUCCUGAUUUUCAACGCCCUGCUCUGCAUCAUCGGACUGCCCAUGAUGGGCUUUGCCAAGGGUGACGCUACUCGGUACGCGGGCGUGUUCUUCACCGUGGCCGGCGCCAAUGCCAACAUUCCCUCGUGCAUGGCUUAUCAAGCGAACAACGUCCGUGGACAAUGGACGCGAGCAUUCUCGAGUGCGACCCUGGUGGGCUUUGGUGGAUUGGGCGGUAUCGUUAGUAGUUUGGUGUUCCGUACUCAGGACGCGCCGGAGUAUCGGCCGGGAAUGUACGCCGCGCUCGCAUGCAAUGUGUUGAUUAUUCUGAUUGUGUGUGUGAUGAGUAUUUGGUUCCGAUUCUGCAAUCGACAGGCUGAACAGGGUAAACGGGUGAUCGAGGGAGAGGCCAGCUUCCGGUAUACCAUUUAA